GUGAGGCGGCCCGCCGACUCUCUGACGCCAGGUCGAGCUGCAGACUCAACUGAGGCGGUGGGAGCGCUGAGGAGGGGCCCGCAUACAGACCCAGCGCCGGGGCGGCAGGGACAGGAAAGGAAGAGUGACCCCAGCGGCUAAAAUGAGCCUCCUGGGUCAAUGCCAGGUCUAGUCAGGGAGGGCAACACCUCCUGCCUGUCUGUGGUUAUUUCUAAGCUCUGCUCUUAGACUGCCGGAUUGACUUGAGUGGCUAUGGCAAGAAUCUGCAUCUGCUACUGCAUUACUGCUUGUCUGCAAGGGAUGGCUUCCAUAGACCAAAUGAGGACCUUGGAAACUUGGGAAGUACUUGGGGGAACAAAAAAGAAAUCCAAGAAUCAGACAAUCUGUCCCUCUUUUCUAGCUCAUUCUGCUGCUUCUUUUGGCGACUUCAGGAGGGAAAAUUAGUCACCAUGAAUGUUACUUCGCUCUUCUCCUUCACCAGCCCGGCCGUCAAACGGCUGCUGGGCUGGAAGCAGGGCGAUGAAGAGGAGAAGUGGGCGGAAAAAGCUGUGGAUGCUCUAGUUAAGAAACUGAAAAAGAAGAAGGGAGCCAUGGAGGAGCUGGAACGGGCGCUCAGCUGCCCCGGUCAGCCCAGUAACUGCGUGACCAUCCCUCGCUCGCUGGACGGACGGCUGCAGGUGUCCCACAGAAAGGGUCUGCCACAUGUCAUUUACUGCCGGGUGUGGCGCUGGCCUGACCUGCAGUCCCACCACGAGCUGAAGGCGCUGGAAUGCUGCGAGUAUCCCUUCGGCUCCAAACAGAAGGACGUGUGCAUCAACCCCUACCACUACAAGAGAGUGGACAGUCCAGUCUCAGAUCAAUACAGCCAUGCCCUCCAGCACUAUCAGCAGCAGGAGCAGCAACAGCAACUUUAUACCCCAUCAGUGUUGCCUCCUGUUUUGGUACCGAGGAACAGCGAGUUCAACGCCAAGCACACGAUGCUGCCUCGCUUCCGCAACCCGCUUCAGCAGAACGAGCCGCACAUGCCCCAGAACGCCACCUUCCCAGAAUCCUUCACUCAGGCAAACACUGUUCCUUUCCCUCAUUCUCCGGGAAACGGCUUUCCAAGCUCACCCGGAAGUGGCAGCAGCACCACCUUCCCUCACUCGCCAUCCAGCUCCGAUCCGGGAAGUCCGUUCCAGAUGCCUGAGACCCCCCCACCUGCUUACAUGCCCCCAGAGGAGCAGAUGACGCAGGACUGUCCUCAGCCAAUGGACAUCAACCUCAUGGCUCCACCUUUGCCUACAGAGACAAACAACCGGGCAGAUGUGCAGCCGGUGGCCUACGAGGAACCAAAGCACUGGUGCUCCAUUGUUUACUAUGAGCUGAACAAUCGUGUUGGCGAGGCCUUUCAGGCUUCCUCCACCAGCGUUCUCGUCGACGGCUUCACAGAUCCCUCCAACAACCGCAACCGCUUCUGCCUCGGCCUGCUCUCCAACGUCAACCGCAACUCCACCAUCGAGAACACCCGGCGGCACAUCGGCAGAGGCGUUCACCUGUAUUACGUUGGAGGGGAGGUGUACGCAGAGUGCUUGAGCGACAGCAGUAUCUUCGUCCAGAGUCGUAACUGUAACUACCACCAUAACUUCCACCCCACAACCGUGUGCAAGAUUCCCAGCAGAUGUAGCCUGAAGAUCUUCAACAACCAGGAGUUUGCCGAGCUGUUGGCCCAGUCCGUUAACCACGGUUUCGAGGCCGUCUAUGAGCUCACCAAGAUGUGUACCAUCCGGAUGAGCUUCGUUAAGGGCUGGGGAGCCGAGUACCACCGUCAAGAUGUGACCAGCACGCCCUGCUGGAUUGAGAUCCACCUGCACGGUCCGCUGCAGUGGCUGGAUAAAGUCCUGACCCAGAUGGGUUCCCCCCACAACCCCAUUUCCUCUGUCUCAUAGGCUCCAGUAACCCCAGGCUCCUCAGCCACGUGGCUGUCCGCACCCCAGCAUCUUGGUCCAAGUAGCGAGAAUAGCAGCUAACUGGUCCCAGACUGGUUUGUAGUCCAGUCUGUUGUCUGUAACUGAUGGGAGUUUAAGCUGGUCUGGGACCAGUAAGGUUAGGUGGAUUGUUACACGGCGCUUCUACUUGAAGGACAUCCGAGUUGAACACAUGAACAGGUUGGGAGAGGAGGAAGCAACGUGAGUGUGACGCAACUGGAAGAUACUUGAUCUUUGUGACCAACUGUAAUAAUUGAGGCAAACAACUCCUCUGGUAUCUUCCUGCUACAAGUGCUUUAUUCAUUGUUCUGUUAUUCUGACCGAAAUCUAGUUUGCAUUUCAAUAUUCCCUUAACAAUACAGCUGUAUUUGUGUUGCUGCAACAGUUCAUCAUUCCAAGUCAUCAAAUUUGCAGUUUUCUGAUGUUUUCUGCUUGAAUAAGUGGAAUUGGCAUCAAAUGUACCAACGCUGCAAAAACACAGAAUCUUAUCAAGUGGUUUUGGUCUAGCAAAAAUAUCUUUGUACACUUGAAGCAAAACUAUUUCAGCAAGAAAUAGAAGCUUGUUUUACGUCGUCAUUUCCUUAAAAAAAUAUAUUUCCACUGGCAGAUUAUUUAUCUUAUAAUAUGGAAUAAAUGUCUUGUUAUUAGUGAAAUAAUCUGCCAGUGGAACUUUUUUUAACCAAUGUUAAGGGACUAUUGACUUAAACCAAGCUCCUAAAUCUUGCUGAAAAGUUACUUGUAAGUUAGUUUUGUCCUAUUUCAAGUGUACCAAGAUAUUUGUUCUAGAAAGUAGACAAGAAUACUUGGUAAAAUCCUGUGUUUUUGCUGUGCAGAGUACAGUGGUGGAUAUUUUUGGUAAAUGAAUUGAUGCUAUGCCAUCAGAAAUCAUAAUUAGUCACACAAAGACAAAAUGAGGGGUUUAAAAGUGCAAAGUGUCUGGUUGUGGGUGGAGCAUGGGGCUUAAAUAGUAUUUCACAAGAUAAAGACAAACUUUCAUCGUCAUCUUGUUACACUUUGUUUACUGUGUAGAUGUUUUCACCAUUAGAAUAUGUGCUGUCUGGAUUUGCAGAGCAUCUUUUGGUUAGUGUGGCGUUGCAUAAGAAUGGUAGCUGAACAUGACAUGAAGUUGAGACAAAACACAAGAGGAGGUUUAGUUUUUCUUUUGUGGUUUUAGCCUACAGCAGAAUGGUGUCUGAUGUGGGAGCACUGGGGAUUCACACCGUCAUUCAAAGGGUUUGGAAACACUUCAUGAUCCAUUUUAGCUGUUAAAUAUAAAGUUCCAUCCUGGAGCAUUUUACCCUCCUGGUACUGAGAGUAAUUACAUAAACACUGUUGAUGAGGAGUAAUGAUGUUUCGUUUUUCAUAAAAUGUUUUUUAAACUCUCCCUGCAACCUAGAGGUUACUUUAAUGAAGUUUACAGAUUUAUUGCUCAGAAUCAAAGAUUCUGGUUUGAAAAUUUAACCAGAAAAGUAUUUUUGAAAUUUGCAAGUUACUUUCCAGUAACUCUACUGUACCUCCAGGGUUUCUUUCUUUGAAUUUACAGGUUACUUUGAAGUAACUUUUCGGUGCUUACUGGGUUUCUUUCCUGGAACUUACAGGUUACUUUCCUAGGACUUACAGGUUACUCUUUUCUGAAAUUUAAAAAGUACUUUUGAAACUCAAGGGUUAUGUUACUGGAACAUACAUGCAACUUUCUGGAGCUUACAGGAUUCUUCCUCAGGCCUUAAAAGUUACUUUUAAAGAACUUAUAGGUCAUUUUUUUUAGCUGAAAAUGUAUUUCUGAAAUAUUCAGGUAAGAUUCCCUGAAAUGUAUGUUAUUUUCUGAUACGUGUUGAAAAGUAACCUGAAAGUCUCAGAAAUCCCCUGUUAUUAAUUAAGAAAAACGGAAAAGAAUACACUUUUAAGUGUUAGCAAUGCAACCUGCUGGUUCUGGAAAGUAUCCUAAAAGUUGCAAAAAAGUAACAUUGUGUUAAAUAUCUCUGCUACUUUCUUUACUUCCAGAGUGGCAUAAGUUUUCCUUAGAUGCUUCAAAUGUUUAUUUUCUGGUUGCCUCGGUUUUUACCCAUUCUGAGCAUAGUUUAUGCUUCUACUAUGUCAACAUGGGACUGAUUGUCACAAAGAUACUGCAGCAAAUUUUUGAUUUUAACCAAAAUACCUACUGGAUUUAUGUGUAUGUAAUAGCUGAAAUUUAUGUUUGAAAGCGCUCUUUGUUUCCACCCACCUGUUUCAUCCUGUUACAUUACUUACACAUUUUUAUUGAAUUGCUAGUACGUCUGUUUUAAUUUUUAACUCACCCUUUAGUCCUCCUUCAGUACCAUACGGUCCCAACUGUUUCUUUUUAUGUGGUUUUGUUCUGAAGGCUGGUUUUUAAAGCUGUUUUUACACAUGAACUCACAUAAUUUUCUGCAUCAUUUGACUUCAAGUUUCAAUAAAACCUGUAGGAAUAUUUGUUUUGUUUUUAAACACUUUUGAAAGGUUGUGUAAAUAUUCAGUGACUGCUCAUUCUCUUAUUAAAGUUACUGAACAAAGCGUAUUGAAAUAAUGUUUAAGGGAAAAUGUUGAGCAUUCAGAUUUUAACCAGUAACUGAGAAAAAUAUGUUACUGUCCCAUCGUGUUUUUUAUUAAAUACAGAUUUUGCUAUUUGUUUCUUUCUUGCUUUUAGCAAUCCUCUUUGCAACUGAACUGAUUUACUCAUAACAUUCUUUUUUUGUAUUUUUUGAACGUGUUUCGGUUUGUCUGCACUUUCAAAUUUUUCCUCAUUGUUUUUUUUUUUUCUGUUUUGCUCUGUAAAACUCCCAGAAAAGCAGUUUUAUUCCAUGAAUAUCAAGUCUCUACUGGAAGAUUGAAUAAAAUUGUUUCAUUAAUCACAAAA